AGUGAGGAAGAGUCCCACGUGCUGCGCUGUGCGACUGAGGCAACAGGAGCGCGUGCUGGAUAGACAUGAAGAGACCGAAGUUAAAGAAGGCGAGCAAACGCAUCUCGUGCUCCAGACGCUUUAAAAUACAGAAGAGGGUUCGGGAGCACAACCGUAAACUAAAGAAAGAGGCGAAGAAGAAAGGCACAAGUCGAAGGCCGAAAAAGGAUGUUGGAGUACCAAACAGCGCUCCUUUUAAAGAGGAGGUGCUUCGAGAAGCUGAGCAUAGAAAACAGGAGCUCGAAGCACUUAAACAGCAAAACAAGGUGACAAAACAGCAAGAAAAAACUGUGAAGAGGAAAAAGGACAAAGAGGCAGCCAGCGAACCUGCAGCCAAGAAGGCUAAAAAGGUAGAAAAAGUUAAAGAAACAAAAGCCGCAGUAGCUAAACAGAAGAGUGCCAAAUCAUUCAGAUGCAGCGAGUUGAACAAGGUGAUCGAAGCGUCUGAUGUGAUACUGAUGGUUCUGGAUGCUAGGGACCCUCUGGGUUGCCGUUGCCCUCAGCUAGAGGAAGCCAUCUUGAAACACAGUGGAAAGAAAAGGCUCUUGUUAACGCUGAACAAAAUAGAUCUUGUUCCUAAAGAGAACCUGGAGAAGUGGGUCGGUUAUCUUGAAGCCGAAUGUCCAACUUUUGUCUUUAAAGCGUCAACACAUCUGCAGGACAGAACUGUGCAACAGAAAAAACAGAGAUUAAAUGUUUUGGAUCACAGUCGAGCAGCUACAUGUUUGGGAGGCGAUUCUCUUCUACAAACACUUACUGACAUUGCCAACGGGAAAGAUGACGAGAAAAUGCUCAAAGUCGGUGUUGUCGGGUUUCCUAAUGUUGGAAAGAGCAGCAUCAUCAACAGUUUAAAAGACAUCAGAGCGUGUCAUGCUGGCAUACAGAGGGGAUUGACCAGAUGUAUGCAGGAGGUGCAUAUUUCUAAGAAAGUGAAGAUGAUUGACAGCCCAGGGAUAGUGGCGGCUCCAGGUAACCCGGGAGACGUGAUGGCUUUGAGGAGUCUGGAGGUGGAGGAGAAUGAGAAGAGUGCGCUAGAGGCGGUCAACACUUUACUCAAACAGUGUGAUCAGCAGCAUGUAAUGCUACAGUUUAAUGUCCCAAACUACAGAAACUCAUUGGAGUUCCUUACCACCUUUGCCCAAAAGCGAGGCUUUCUGCAGAAAGGUGGCAUUCCGAACACAGAGCUGGCAGCAACCACGUUCCUCAAUGACUGGACAGGGGCUAAGCUAAGUUACCACUGCAGAGUUCCAGAGCGACAGGAUCUUCCCUCUUACCUCUCUGAUGACAUAGUUAAUGACUUGCGAUCAGGUCUGGACAUGGACAAAGUGAGGAAGGCAAAUGAGGAUGUUAUUAAACGUGUGCGGUCCCCCAAUUUAUCCAGCAGUAUCAGUUUUAACUCAAAGGGCCCCACUACUGGUGUGCUGAAUGUUGGUACUGCAGAGACGAAGUCGAAGACUGCGGUAACGGCAGAAGUGAAAGAGAUGGACACGAUCAGCAACACAGAAAAGCCCGAGGUUGAAACCCCAGCUGCAGCAUCAGUGACACAGAUCCAGGAAUCGACACAGAAGAGAAAAGGCAAACCAGCUAAAAAAAGGGUGAAGAUUGUUCCCAUCAACACUGACUUGACUUCAUUGCAACAGAGCAACAAUGUUGAUGCAUAUGAUUUCAAUACAGAUUUUGUGUAAAAUGGCACCUCUGUGUGUGACAGAUGAAAGUCAACUGAGAUUCAACCGCAACAUUUUUUUGACUGUUUAUUGUGGAAUGUGUAUUUCUGUAAUGGUCCAAACCCUGAUUUUUUGUCAAAAUGUAUUAUACAUAAUUAAAUAUGUAUAAGAUUACAGUUUGACAAAAUAGUUCAUACUGUACCACUGCAUAUAAAACCUAUAUUAAACUUUA